CUCGGAGUGUGCUGGGUGCUGGCCGCGGGGACGGCGGCAGGAGCAAAAAUUCUUCCAUCUCCAUCCAACUUGACCUAUUCAUUUAUCCAUAUCUGUACUCUGAACUGGACAUGGAACCCCCCAGAGAACAUCAGUAGUAGCUGCAACUUGGAGUAUUCCAGUGACAUCAUCAUCAAUGGGGUUCCUGAGGACAGAAAAAAAUGGGGUAAGGACCUCUUCCGUGUGACGGAUGUGCACUUGAAUGAGGAAAUGCACCUCAGAGUGAGAAGUGAAUGCAAGAAUGACACCACGAGUGAGCCCAGCCCCUGGGUGGAGACCUCCCUUCUGCCAAAAGGUAUUCCGGGUACUGCUGCUGUUGACUUGAGCUGUGUUUGGCACAAUUUGGAGUACAUGGCUUGUACCUGGCGUCCUGGGGAGAAUGCAAGCAGUGACACCAACUACACUUUGUUCUACUGGUUUGAUGGCUUGGAAAACCCUAAGAAGUGUAGCAACUACUCUGUAAACCAGGGAAUCUUUGAAUGCAUUUUCAAUCUUACCUUCCCAAAAGUCACCAGUAAUUACCCUGCUAUAAGUAUUUUGAUUAGAGAUGAUUCUGAAGAAAUUAGGCCUGUGUGUGCAAGUAAAAAUCCUACCACCCUUGUAAAACCUGCCACACCAAGACUAUUGACAUUGUCAAAGACUAAUGACAGAAUUGAUGUAAAAUGGAGUUCAUCGGAAACUUUUCCAAAAAAUUGCUUACACUAUGAAGUUAAAUGUUGCAAUGGUGAUUCAGACAGUGUUUGGACAUCUGAAAUAAAUUCUGUGUCAAUUCCUGGCAUUGAUGCUAACAGCAAGUACACCUUCAAAGUGAGAGCAAAAGCAAAGCGUGAGUGUUACAACAGCGAUUUCCAUAGUGACUGGAGUGAAGAAAAGAGCAUUGGUGAGAAGAGGGACUCUACAAUCUAUGUUGUUCUAAUAAUUACCAUUCCAUUAAUAGUAGCAGUAUCUACAAUAAUUCUACUAGUUUAUCUAAAAAGGCUGAAGAUACUAAUUCUUCCUCCAAUUCCGGACCCAAGAGAAAUUCUUAAGCGUAUGUUUGGAGAGCAGAACGAGGAUUCCCCGAGCUCUGCAAAGGAUGAUCCCAUGAAUGCUUUUGACAGGUUAAUUAUGGAAGAAGAAAUUCAUUCUUUAAUUUUAACAGAAACUUCAGACAGCACUAAUCUUGAAAAAGAAAACAGGUAGACUCUGCUUUAUCAGUGAAAGAGAAGGAAGCAGAUUCCUGCUCCGACUGUAGAUGUGAAAUGGUCUGUGAGACAUUUGCUGGCUCUGACCUCACUGGCUCCUUCUCUGGUGCACAGAGGAUGAAUCACUAUCAGUGGCUGUUCUUCCACCUCUGCCAGAAAGACCCAUCUGAUGACACCCAUGUCAAGAUGAGCAUGCACGUAAUUCCAUGAGACUCCGUGUGACACGCAAUUCCAUGUGACUGCAUUGUGGACUCCCUGUCCUGGCUUCAGCCAGCUCUGCCCUAUUAUUUGUCACUUGCACUUGUGUUUGUGCCUCACACCAGGCUGUCAGGGUUGGUUUGGUUUUUUUCUGUGACUUCUCUGAAGUAUUUGGCUGUUUGCAGCAGGUGGGAUGAGGCUGCUUUACAGUGGAUGGGUCAUUAGUGCUACCACGUGGAGCUGCUGCCAGGUGGGAUGGCAGAGCAUGGACUGUUUGUGGAUAAGCCUUUGUGUGUGUGCCUGGGCUGGGCACUCUCUGGAGGGCACUUAUGGACUGAGCUUCUUGUGCUUCUGCCCAUCAGCUGGGGCUUGGUCAAAUCCCACCAAAGAGGGUAUUUUUUUAUUUGAAAAUGUGUAUGAAAAGCCCCUCUGCUUUCCAGCUGGUGUUCAGAAUAUUCAUAGAAAAGGCUUAGUUUUGUUAUCCUGUCAAUUGUCUGCCCUCAGAUUCCUUGCCUUCAUGGACUUCUUGGGUUAAUUAUACUUUGUUUAAAAUGAGAAAUAUAUAUAUUUUUUUAUUUGUUCUGUGCAGUAGCAAGUAACUGUAUUGAGUCUCACCAGACUGUGGUUCUACUUUGGCCAUAUUGGCCUGAAGAUACCUGAUUUUUAGCAGCUAAGUCACCCUGAGUCUGUCCAGUAAAAAUACCAGUGUGGAUGCAUGAAUCAAACUCAUUAGUAAAUAUUAAACCACUGAAACCCAACUAAUGCAAAGGCUUCAAGACCCAUCCUUACUGCCAAACUGAUGGAUUUGGGGAAGAGGGGAUGAAAACACCAGCCUGUUUUCUAAAGGAUAAGUUUUAUUCUUUCUACAGAGAUGACACUCUGAUUUGAGCUUCCCCUCUAAGACUUAGCAAUAUAAAACAAGGUGCUGAUUUGACUUUUAAAAAAAACUUUCUUCUGUAUUUUACCACAACAGUUUUGCAGGUAUUUUUGUUGUUGUUUUGUUCAUUCUUUGGUGGUUUUGUUUUGAGGGUUCUUUACCCAGCAAAGCUCAGCAGGUGUUUUCUGGCACAACUGUGACAUUUUUCUGCUCUGGAUUCUCAGCAUUAGUGUCUGCCCUGUGCUGCAAAGGUGGUUGCAGUGCUACCUUGAUUGUGCUGGAGAAAGAAGAUAAUGGAAUGGUGAGAAAAGGAUCCAUGGAAGCCCUUUAUGGUUAAUGCUCAGGGAUUUCUUGCUCCUUCCAUAUAAGUGUAGACAUCUGAGUCAUGUACAUAGGCAGUCUUAGCAGACAGGGAAGAAAUCUCCUGAUAAACUUUCUAGGAGCAAACUUUAUAGCUACUAACCUUUUGAAGUUCAUCCCUGUCUUCAAACUCAGUCAAAAAAGUGAAACUAAGUGCUAUAUUAUUAGAAGAUAUUGUUCUGCAAGAAGUAGAACGAGUGUCACAUGCCUUUUAGCUACAAAUGGGCAUCUUUUAUGCACUUAUAUAUUCCCUCCUUAUCAAUAAAUCCAAUUCUUUCCCCAUUGCCCACUGAGCCUCUUAAAUACAGUUUUUUCCAGGUCUCUUAUCCUCCUUUUGUUAGUAGUAGAAAGGGAAGGAGAAAUGUAGCAGAACUAGCAGACCCCCUAUUAAGCAUAUGUCUUACCUCCAAUUGGACUAAAUAAACCCAACAUUAUAAAAAUUAAUAAGUGGGACAAAAUAAAGCCUCAGGGAUUUCAGUGAGAUAAAACUCAGGUUAUACAAAGUCAGCUAGUAGCACUCUCUGAAAUUCCAGAGAUUAAGGAAUAGCAUGAGGGAAAGAGUAAUACAUUUCUUACCAAAUUCAUACCCUCUGCAACAUUAGUGUCAUUAUAAUGAUAAUAUUCCUUUAAUCUACCUCAUCUGGAAUUUUGCUCAACACAGACCACUAGACAAACAGAAAUGUAUAAUUUCAAGGUAAGUAAGAGUAACAGUAUAAUACAAAGUUUCAUAGCUUUCAGCAUAACAAUCUAGCAAAAUCAGCACUUACUCUAAAUUCUUUUGACGUUUAUGCUGGUGUCUGACAAAACCAAAAUUUAUUUGAUUUUUAAAAAAACCAACAAAAAAUCCCAAACAAAUUUGUAAAGCCAUAGUAGAAGAAAAAAAAUACAUGGAAGGUGUUAGGCUGAAAGAAAGAUUUAAAUGCAAAGGAUGGUUUAGGUCCCUAUAGAGGAAAGAUCUGAAUAACACUAGUUGGCACUUCCUCAUGGAUUCAUUUCUUGAGCCUGUGUUUCAGUAUGUAAAGUAAAUGUCUGAAUAUACUUUCACCUUCAACAUGCUUUUGUUUUUAAAUAAGAGGUUUUUUAGCUUGAAAUUAUCCAAAUUUUGCUACAAUUUUUUUUCUUCAUUGCAGUUACUUGAUCUGUAAAUUUGUUCAAAGAGUGAAUAAAUAUGAUUGAAUGCUUUUCA